AUGCCUAUCUAUCUAUCUAUCUAUCUAUCUAUCUAUCUAUCUAUCUAUCUAUCUAUCUCACUGUAUUCUUUAUCUAUCUAUCUCACUGUAUUCUUUAUCUAUCUAUCUAUCUAUCUAUCUAUCUAUCUCAAUCUGCUCAUCUAUCUAUUUAUCUAUCUCAGCCUGUUCAUGUAUCUAUCUAUCUCAAUCUCUUUGUCUAUCUCUCUGAAAACUAUUCAUAUAUCUAUCUCACUUAUUCAUAUCUAUCUAUCUAUCUAUCUCACUGUAUUCUUUAUCUAUCUAUCUCACUGUAUUCUUUAUCUAUCUAUCUAUCUAUCUAUCUAUCUAUCUAUCUAUCUAUCUAUCUAUCAAUCAAUCUCACUGUAUUCUUUAUCUAUCUAUCUCACUGUAUUCUUUAUCUAUCUAUCUCACUGUAUUCUUUAUCUAUCUAUCUAUCUAUCUAUCUAUCUCACUGUAUUCUUUAUCUAUCUAUCUAUCUAUCUAUCUAUCUAUCUAUCAAUCUCACUGUAUUCUUUAUCUAUCUAUCUAUCUAUCUAUCUAUCUAUCUCACUGUAUUCUUUAUCUAUCUAUCUCACUGUAUUCUUUAUCUAUCUAUCUAUCUAUCUAUCUAUCUAUCUCAAUCUGCUCAUCUAUCUAUUUAUCUAUCUCAGCCUGUUCAUGUAUCUAUCUAUCUCAAUCUCUUUGUCUAUCUCUCUGAAAACUAUUCAUAUAUCUAUCUCACCUAUUCAUAUCUAUCUAUCUAUCUAUCUCUCUUUCUCUCUCUCUCUCUCUCUCUCUCUCUCUCUAUAUAUAUAUAUAUAUAUAUAUCUGUUCAUAUCUAUUCAUCAGUCUGUUCAUAUCUAUCUAUCUAUCUAUCUAUCUAUCUAUCUAUCUAUCUAUCUAUCUAUCGGUCUUCUAUUCACAUCUAUCUAUCUAUCUAUCUAUCUAUCUAUCUAUCUAUCUAUCUAUCUAUCUCAGUCUAUUCAUAUUUCUUUCUAUCUAUCUCAUAUCAUAUAUCUCUCUAUCUAUCUUAAUCUGUUCAUAUAUCUAUCUACUCAUCUAACUCAGUCUGUUCAUAUAGAUAUUUAUCUAUCUCAGUCUGUUCACAUAUCUAUCUAUCUAUCUAUCUAUCUCAAUCUAUUCAUAUAUCUAUCUAUCUAUCUAUUUAAUUCUGUUCAUCUAUCUAUCUAUCUAUCUAUCUAUCUUCUGAACUGGUUUUAUAAUCACUUUUAUUUUAUUUUAUUUUAUUUUGUCUAUCUAUCUAUCUAUCUAUCUAUCUAUCUAUCUGAGUUUGUUCAUAUCUAUCUCAGCGGUGGUUUUAUGAUGUGCAACGCUCAGAAUGAAACGAGCAACGUAAGAAACCAACCUGUCAGAAGGAAAGAAAAUAAACAGCGACCACCCAUUAUUUGUUCUGCCGAUCGGAAGACCACAGCGUUCCUCCCCUCCCCUCGUCUUCCCCCUCCACUAAUUCUUUCUCGGUCAGUGAAUUUGACGAGACUCUAG